UUUUCUGUGACAUUGUCAUCUCAUUUAAAUCCAUCCUGAUGCUUGGCUUUAUCGACCUUGCAUGUUGACUUAGUGAUACAACUCUUUAUCUGAUUUAUAUGUAGGUAAUUAUUCAAAUUGGGUCGUCCGCGAGUCGGCUAACCGCUGCUAUUCGCUAUCGUCACUUGCGCUAACUAGCUAGUACUCCGCUAGCAACUAAGGCGUUGCGCAUUCAAAAUAGCUCGGUGUGCCAUUGUGGUGUCGGCGAAAUGUAUUGUAAAUCUGGCGGCGGCGACGGCACACUUUACCAUCGUCAUAGUCUUGUAACACUUAUGAAAAGCGAAUUCUUUUGUCUUUGCCUUCGUUUACAUGGAGACUGUCCUUUUCGCUUCGCCCCACCUCUGCUGACCGCGAUUGGACGCUUGGCUCGUCGCUCAUUUCUAACCGGCCGAUGAUUGGCUGUUGCCCAACGAGGACAACGCCACUUUAGUUUGCUUUAUCGCCUUGUCUUCAACGUGGCCUUCCUUAGCAUUUGUCAAAACAUGGCUACGAACAAAUAAUAUCAACGGCCACGACGAAUGCGUCGAUCACUGUUCAUGGUGAUGGACCCUCCUGGGGGGGGAGACGAGCGUCGGAGACAGGCAGAGCGUCUUCGAAGGGAGGAGGCGUAUUAUCAUUUUAUCAAUGAGCUGAGCGAGGAGGAGUAUCGACUCAUGAGAGACAGCAAUCUGCUGGGUACCCCUGGAGAGGUGACUGCCGAAGAGCUCCAGCAGCGCCUUGAUGGAGCAAAGGAGCGCGAGUCAUCUCAGCCCAGCACAGUGCAACGCUUGCCGGCUGCAGACCCGGUAGAGCAGCAGGGCGGCAGUGGAGAGGAAAGGGGGUCUGGCGGGAGACGAGGAGGGACCCACGGAGAACCUGGGGCAGAGACCUCCAAUGGAGACUCCUUACUGGAGUGGCUGAACACGUUCAGGCGCACUGGGAACGCCACCCGCAGCGGGCAGAGCGGCAACCAGACGUGGCGCGCCGUUAGCAGGACGAACCCUAACAGCGGGGAGUUUCGCUUCAGCCUGGAGAUCAACAUAAACCACGACCAGUCCGAAGCGGGGGAGCACAGUGACACUUUGGACUCGGCUGAGCAGCCCCCCGCUGCUCCAAGUACACCUCCCAACCGAACAGCUUCCUCCGCCUCCCGCCCGUCAAGCACGCCUCGGCCGUCUCCUUACCCCUCCCCUCGACCUGCCCUCAGCAGGAGGAUGCAGACACGCCGCACACGCAGCAGCACUAGCACUCUUUCCAUGGGCCCCACUGCACUUACUGCUCUUGUGGGACCUCCAGCUCAGAGGAGAGGAGCCGCCAUGCACUCUUUAGUACCGCCUCCCACUGUUGCCCCCCAUGCUGACCAGUCAGCACCUUCUCCACAUCAAGCCCCCAAUUCCGAAUUGGAGCAGGGCCGCGAUGACGUGACCUUAUCCCUGAACUGCCCCCGUGUGUCGACCCAGACUGGGUCUCAGGGCCCCGCGGUGGAGCAGGAAUCACGCAGGACUCGAUCGCGUGGACGAUUGCGCAGGGCCGCAGCAGGGAGCUUAGUCCCACCCCGCAGCUCAAGGCGAAGUCGCUCUCCCUUACACGGGAGCCUCGUCACUACCCCGGUGUCAAGCGGUGGUAUCAGUGGCUCAAGCAUCCACAUUGUCGACACAGGAAGCGGCACCAGCUCUGUCUCCAUGGAGACUGGGGAGGCUGUAGCAGAACCUGCUGCUGAAACGGAGCCAACUGUUGAGACUAGUGAGCGUGAGAAUGAAUCACAUUUAACUGCAUCAGGAGCUUCAUCAGUCCGCCGGCACCCUACCAUCAUGCUAGACCUGCAGGUGAGGAGGAUCCGACCCGGCGAAAACAGAGACCGGGACAGCAUUGCCAGCAGAACGCGCUCUCGAGCCCGUGUUGCUGAGAACACAGUCACUUUUGAAAGCGACAGCGGUGGAUUUCGACGCACCAUCUCCAGGUCGGAGCGAGCGGGGAUCCGCACCUAUGUGAGCACUAUUCGGAUCCCGCUGCGGCGCAUCAGUGAGACCGGCCUGGGGGAACCCAACUCAACUGCACUGCGCUCUAUUCUGCGCCAGAUCAUGACCGGAUUUGGAGAGUUGAGCUCCCUCAUGGAGACGGAGGCAGAUUCUGAAAAUGUGUCGCCAAGCCACAUGGAUGUUAGCUUGACGAAUAGCAGCGCUACUCCAGCUGGACGUUUGUACACCCAUGAGAACACAUCUGGUCAGGUGGGCUCAGGUGGACUUGAUCCAGAGAGGGUGGGGCCAGAGGGCACUGAGGAGGAGCAGGGUGGUCAGGCCAGGCUUGUGGGAGGACCAGUUAGUGCCACAGAGGGCCGGCCCACCAGCAGAGACACUAACAAUCUCGUAGAAAACGGCACUCUUCCCAUCUUGCGGCUAGCACAGUUCUUCUUGUUGAACGAUGAAGAGGAGGAUGAGCACCCUCGCGGCCUAACCAAAGAGCAGAUUGACAAUUUGGCCACACGCUCUUACGGCCAGGCCAGCUUGGAAGGAGAGGCGGGCCGCGCGUGCAGUGUUUGCAUCAACGACUACGCCCAGGGCAACAAGCUGCGCCGCCUGCCCUGCUCGCACGAGUUCCACAUCCACUGCAUUGACCGCUGGCUCUCCGAGAACAACACCUGCCCCAUCUGCAGGCAGCCCAUACUGGCAGCGCACCAAGACUGAGCAGACCCAAGUGGACUUUGCAUGUACAUAGUGCUCUCAUCCGUUCUCAUAGUUUUAACGUCAUACAAAGAAAUGAUUUAGGGGACGGCGCUAGGGGCGGGGUUUCAGAACUCUUCUGGUUUUGAAAGCAGAUCAUUAAACUAAAACAUUCAUGCUGAAACAAGGAUAGUAGUUGUCAGCAAACUGUUGCAGUGAAAUGUACUACGCUUCGUUCACACUUUGAAUUGGACUGCCCUUAGAUCCACAAAGGCGCCUGUAUCAAACAAAAUUAUUGGUCAUGAUUUCCCCGUUUUCUGCUGUUAUAUCAACACAGUCUGGUGUUUAGGCUGCGUGUAGCGUUCACUUUACGUUUGAUAAAUUGGCCCAUUGCGUAUUUAUUUACCCAAACCAAACCUGUUAAGUGUGAACACGCCAUAAAAGAGUGUACAGUGGGUAACUCCAAUUAAUUUUUAAUAAACUAAUUUCACAAGCACAGUCUAGUUUCAGAAUGCUUAAUCAGAGUUACAACUAGCCAGUGACUUCAAUUAACAAAAUGUUAUUUUUGUAGCCUCUGAUUUCAGCAUUGUUAUAUUUCCUCUGAAUGCUGAUGAGAUUUUUGAGCUGCUGCGGAUAGUUUCCUGAAGUCUCCCAUGCUGCUCUACAGAAAUUACUUUUAGAUUGGAUUUGUUGUGUAGGCUGUAAAUACCCUACCACACUUUGUAGGACACUUCAUGAGUGGAAACGGAAAAUCAAAACGCUGUACUCCAUUUUAAAGUGUCCUUUUAUUGCUUUAAAUGUGUUGUUCUAUGGGCAUGUGUAUGAGUUAUGUAUUUAAAUUGUCUACUAAAUCCAGUAUUCUUUAUUAAGUUCUCUCCACACAUGCAGAAGGCACGUGAUAAUCAGGAAUUUAGAGUUGUGCAAUACACAAAUGUAUUCAUGUUUUAUUGUUUUCGUUGUUUGGCUGUUUGAUGGCUGUUGACAUUGUGAUGCCUGAUGAUCAUCUUCGCUCUCAAACAAGUCUCGCAAACCUUCAAUUCAGCGCUUACAGAUCCGGUACCGUCUCAAAUAGACGUGACAAGAUUGUGUUGCAAAUGUAACCCGUAGCGAUUAUGCAUCAUGAGGUAGGUGUGACAAUGGAAGAUGUUAUUGACACAUAAAAUGAAGUACUCUGUGGUUGAAUUAUGUGUGAGUGGUCCGCAGAAUGUUGCUGUUCAGGGAAGUUCCACCACAGACUUGACAGGGCCAGUGCCUAUUCACUUUCUAUUACAUGAUCAAGGUGGAAACUGAAACCAUGAAUGUGUAUUAUGCUCCUCUGUGAUACUGACUUUUUUUUCCCCAUGUGCAGAUAAUAAUUUCCUAGCUCUCCUCGACAACACAAUAAAACGCAGCUUACCGAGCGAUGUGUGUUU